UCCGUAUAUUUGAAGAAAACUGAGAUGUUUCUCUUUUUUUAAUUUCAUGCUCAAGCAUAUUUUUUAAUUCUUUAAAUCUUCUCUGCACAGAAUUUCUAAAAAUGACUUCUGCCACUCCAAAGCGAACUCAAGAACCUCUUCCUGAGGUAGAGAGUCAUCUGAUUCUUAGGGUUCCUCCGCAUUGUGCCGACGAUCUGAGACGACUAGUUCAAGCUGGCGGUCAGACAUUGAAAGAUUAUCUCAAAAUCGAAACCCACACUGAUAUGAGACAUGGUCUUGUUCAUAUUGAUGAUGACACUUUUGCUGCGAAGAUUGUGGAUUUGCCAUGUAUGAUAGAAUCUCACAAGACUCUUGACAAGAAAACAUUCUGGAAAACAGCUGAUAUUUCUCAGAUGUUGGUGUGUAAUGUCGAAGAUGCUCCCAUUCUACCAGACGACGAGGUAAAACCAGGACCAACCAAGAAACCAGAGAAGGUCGACAAGAAAUUUGUCUGGAAGCAUGGAGUCACUCCUCCCCUCAAAAAUGUGAGGAAAAGAAGGUUUAGGAAAACAGCCAAAAAGAAGUACAUUGAGGCUCCUGAUGUUGAGGAAGAGGUGAAGCGGUUGCUGCGAAUGGACAGUACAGCCAUCAAGAUUAAAUGGGAAGUACUGGCUGAGGAAGACAUUAAGGACGAUAAGAAUGAUGAUAGCAUGGGAUCACCUCCACACGGGGACAUCAUCCAUGACAUGUUCGGUGGCGACGUCAGCAGCUCGGGAGACGAGAUGGGCGACGAUGAGGAGGACAUGGACGUCAACAUCGAGGACCUGGAGGACGGGACCGGAGUGAGCCCUCGUGUGCUGAUGGAGGGAGAGGAUUCCAGGACGGCGUUCUCGGAUGCGGGGAUGGCCGGCGAUGAUGAUGAGGAUGAUGACGAUGAGGAUGGGUUAGAUGAGGAGGAGGAUUCUGACGGAGGACAGCAGGAAAAUGAACUUGCUAAGAGACUAGUAGAAUUGGAAGGAGAUCUUGUGGAACAAGAGGGCAGAAAGAAAGCUUUGGAGGAAUCGGUGGCCGGUUUGGACAACCCCAUGCUCAAGCAACGAUUUCAAACUCAGCUGGAUGACCUGUUAGCAGACAUGAAGAAGAAGCAGGAGGAGGUCGAAACAUUACAGUCGAUCGUAAGAUGAUCUAACAGCGACCCUUUUCAGGG